AUGGCCCGUCCUUCGUCCGCUAACGUAUCUAAUGAGAUGGGCAAUGUACGCGUAUGCUGUCGGGUACGUCCGCAAAACGCAAAAGAACUGACAAUGGCAUCAGCUCAGCGGUGUGUUUUUACUGAGAAUGAAACGAUUGAAGUUAAGACUUGUGACGGAAGUCCGCAGAAAUUUACAUUUGACCAUGUGUUUGGAGAGGAAUGUGAUCAAAAGACGGUCUUUGAAAAUGUCGCACUGCCUGUUGUACAAGAUAUUAUGGCUGGAUACAAUGCAACCAUUUUUGCAUACGGUCAGACGUCUUCGGGCAAAACAUAUACAAUGGAAGGGGCUAAUAUUGACGACCCGGAAUUACAAGGUAUCAUUCCGCGCACGGCAACCGAGAUAUUUAAUAACGUGCUCAAUGCUGACGAAAACAUGGAAUUUAUCGUGAAAGUAAGCUACAUUGAAAUAUACAUGGAACAUAUUCGUGAUUUAUUGGAUCCAUAUAAGUCGAAAGUGAAUUUGCAAGUUCGAGAGGAUGCUCAACGCGGUAUCUUUGUCGAAGGGAUGACAGAGAUGUGUGUAACCAGUGAUGAGGAACUUCUAGCGACUAUGCGAGCUGGUGCAACUAAUCGUGCUGUGGCAGCGACGGGUAUGAAUGAAGGAAGCUCUCGUAGUCACAGUGUUUUUAUGGUGACUCUCCUGCAACGACAUCUUGAAAAUCAGGCUACAAAGACUGGCAAACUAUACCUCGUGGAUCUUGCGGGUUCUGAAAUGGUGCGUAAAACUGGCGCGACUGGCCGUCAACUUGAAGAAGCCAAGACGAUCAAUAAAUCACUUUCUGCUCUAGGUAUGGUUAUCAAUGCACUUACUGACUCGCAUAUCACCCACGUACCGUAUCGAGAUAGUAAAUUGACUCGAAUAUUGCAAGAAUCACUGGGAGGGAAUUCGCGUACAAAUCUUAUUAUCAAUGUAUCUCCGAGCAGUUUUAAUGCGUCCGAGACGAUUUCUACCAUACGAUUUGGUUUGCGUGCAAAGUCAAUAAAGAAUAAGGCAGUGGUGAAUGAGCAGCGCAGUGUCGCUGAGUACGAAGCUUUGCUUGCUGCAGCGGAUAAAAAAAUCGCCAAGCAACAGACAUACAUUAUCGCUCUUGAAGCUCAACUUGCGGGAAAAGAGACAUUAGAAGAGACUGUAUCUGUAGCUGGUGUCGUUGGAUCCAAAGACUUAAAUGGUAUCGCGGAAGUAGCGAAGACAGAAAAUUCGAGCGACACUUUGGAUCCGUUAGACGUUUCUCUAGAGCUGUCGAAUAAUCUGACGACGGAAUCCCCCCCAUCACCUACUGCCCGUGCUGGUCGCGCACUAGAAGAAAUUCAAGAGAAAGUGACACAGUUAGAAGAUGAACUGGCCGAAGAGAAACAAGAGUCUAUGCGACGUGGUGAAGAAAUUCGUCUGCUUACGGCAAAAUUGGAAGAGCACAGCCAAGCACUGGAAACUCAGCAUGUGCUCUCUGAGGAAUUGCAGCGAGUCAAGGAAUUGCAAGAAAAGACUUUAGAAGAGAAGAUUCGACAACGUGACGCGCUCCUUGCUCAACUGCGUACUGAAUUUGAUCGACUUAAUUUUGAUCAUAAGGAAUUGAUCAUUCAUUCGGAGACCGUACGGAAAGAAUAUGAUGUCCUUUUACAAGAGAUGGCUGCACAGACACCGCCUAGUGGUGGGGAGCUGGCAGCGGCAGCGGAAAAGAUCGUUCAAAUAGAGCAGUCAACAAAUGAUAUGAAUUCGGUCGGAGAUAAGACUUUCGUUAAGCAAGAGGAAGAUCUUCAACUUCAGCAGCAAGAAUUAUUCAACGAAGUGGUGAAGGAAAGCGUCGAUAUCAAGUCUCAAGAUCACUCAGAUCUUAAGGUCAAGUACACAGCACUUGGGAUAAAAUUAAGAGAGUAUGAAAAGGAAUUCUUGGCUUUUAAGCACGCUACGGAGCACGAAAAGACCCGUUUGCAAGAAGAUAUUGACCGCAAGACGGCGCAAAUUCGGGAUCUUGAAGCACGUGCAGGUCGUGCUGGUGCUUCUACAGGUGAAGGCGGUUCGACACCUUCUUCUCCAACCAACGUCAGUGGUAUGUCGGCGCGCGAGCGCCAACACAUGCGGUCUAUCCAGCAGAAGUUGGAGCAACUUGUCGCUGUACACCGACAAUUGUUGCGCAAGUAUGCGUCAUUAGAUCUCGAAUUGUCUGAGGCUAAGAAGAAACUCGUACUGCGCGAUGAACGUAUCAAACAGGUGGAAGCAAACAAUCGCAUCAUGGCUGGAAAUAUGCGAGCACAAGCAGAAAAGCACGUGGAAGAGCUUACACAUCUUCGUGACCAGAUUGCUGACUUUCGUGGAGCUCAACGCUCACACUUUGAAGCACAAUUCAAUCACACGAACGCUGCCCUCGUUGCGUCCAUGGGAAGUACCGACACAGGAGUCAUUAAGACUUUACGUGGCGGUUUAAAUUACGGUGGUGAUGGUGUCAUUCGCCCGAUUCGUGGAGGUGGAAGACGCAAGACGCAACUCGAAGAAGCAGCCAUGACCACAGCAAGCGUCUCCGCAGUCCCUGCGAACGAUUCCGAUGCUGGUGUGCCGACCUCUGGCUUCCUGACUCGCUUGUUCGGCAAGGCAAACUAA